UUAAGUGCUACGUACGCAGCUGCAUUGUACUUCGUAUCAAUGUUCUACAGUGUCUAAAAACCUAAAAAUGUUUACCAGGAUUCACAAAAAAUUGUCUAGAAUGUUGACGGCGGAAGCAUUAAUUCUGUACAUCGUCAUUUGCGGAUCGCAUCCACUGUACGCAUCCACACCAAGACUGCAGCAGCAGGACAUUGUGACAGAAUUCUCGUGUGAUUUUGACAACGGUUUAUGUCCGGGUUGGACAGUUUUUACCAGUAAUUCCAAUGUAUCGUGGGUCGUGUCGGGCAGUCAGCACGCAGAUAAUGCCAGCAGCAGCAGCAUGCAUACUCUGAACGGAACAAAUUUCAUGUACAUCCCGAAGGCAAUUCGUACCGAUAACGCUGAAAUUUGGACGGAUAUCACCAGCCAAAACCUGAAAAGCGCUGGGAAAAACCAGCCGUUAAGCAUGGUGGUCAGUUUCUGGUACUAUGUACCAAAAGGCUGGGGAACAUUACUGUUAGUUCUUCGAGAAAUCGCUUUGCAUGGUGAUGUCAAAGAAGUUCCCCUGUGGAUGCUACGGGAUAAUGUUCACAAAAACUACCCCAGUGAGGAGGUGCCCUGGUAUUAUGCGGAAGCGGCGCUGACAGUGACGGGCACCAGUGAACAUUCGGCGCUAAUCUUUCGCUACAUGGCCGGCAGAUCAGUUGACACAUUCGCCGUGGACAAUAUCGUCACAUCGUUUACUACUUAUCAACACUCUAGUAAAACGAUUUCCUGCGAUUUUAUUGCGGAUUUGUGUGGCUGGGUGAACUACUUCGAUGGAGAUUUUCACCGGGAAACUGCCGGGAAGCAAUCGUACUUGGUGGCCCGUCACAACGAUACCGGUAUACAUCCUGUAUACAAGAACCGCAGUCUUCGAUUGGGCACUGUCCCACUGCUGCGUGCUGACCUUUUGACAACCGUUUUCAGUUUUUGGUAUCGGUUCAGCGAUGUUCGGGUCGAAUUGCUGCAGUUGUUUGUCGUGGAAAUGUACGAUGUGUUGCUGGUAUGGGAAGUGGAAUCAGCGGCGGAUAAUGUCGGCCGCUGGAUCCACGUGGAACUGCCGCUUUGUCUGCAAGUCGGUGUGCCGCUGCGCUUUUUAGCUGCACUGGAUGAAUUUGGAGCAGAAAUACAAUUGGCGAAUUUCGUAUACCAUGGAGAGCUAAAUGAUAGUGUGGUGCGCCAUGAUUCCUGUACGGGAAUUUCUUGUACCUUCGAUCAUUCGUUGUGCGGAUGGAGCGAACAGUAUAGCGUGUCAUCACGUUGGACGAGGCAGCCCUUCCCAGAGGACCAUACAUAUGAAAAAACCGGCUUAUUCGACCUGGUAGCGACGACCGAAACCAGUCCUCUGACGUCGGUGGCCCGAUUGGUCAGCAACUGCAUCGACAUUAUUGCGCCCACAACUCUUUAUGACGGGCACACCGAAGCUGAAGGCAAUAAACUCAUUGUAAAACUGUUUGACCACAAUUCCAGCGAGAAAUUCGUGGGAAUGAUGGCAUAUAAUGCCGCCGUGCAGCUCCAACCAGUCAAAGCCGUGCGCAUUGUCAUCGAACAUGCGUUCCCGUUUGGCUCCGCCCCUACGGCCCGGCUGCCUUUACUCCUACUGCAGCACGAAACCCUGGUGGCUAAGGUAUCGGAUCAGUGCCCGGAUUAUCCGCUGGAACCGUUACUUAGCGAUUAUCCCCAAACGACGACCGUUAGCUGCUCGUUUGAUCGGAAUUUUUGCGGUUGGAUAAACGAUGGUCCCAGUGGGUUCUCUAUCGCAAACGGCUAUAUUACAGCGGCACCAUACAAAGGGACUGGCGCAGCUGUGGCCUUAAUGUUAAACUCAUCCAGUAACAAGAUCAUCGGACCGCUACGGUCACCGGUUAUUCAAGGGACAGGAAAAAGCCAAAUAUUUUUCUUCUUCCGCGUUUACGUUAACGUACAAUCGGUUUCUCUGUACACGAAAUUUGAGAACGCAUCGAACGCGAUUUGGGUAUAUAAUUACAAUAACGAAGCCAAAUGGCGGUUUAAUCGGUGGCUGUUUGUACGAGUCAGUUAUUCUACGGAGGAAGCUCAUACGCUGGAAUUCACUGUACGAUUCGAGAAAAGCAACCUUAAUAGCGAUGGAUGUUGGAUCGAUGAGUUGGUUUUAAAUAAUGAGCGCAUUAACGAUAAUUCGUCCGAUAUUCGUGACGAUAUUCCACAAUCACCUGUUACAUCGUGGACAUGCGACCAUCUGAUGCUCACAAUGUCCGAUCCGCCGUUUUUCUGUGGAUGGGAGAUAAUCAGCAAUCCAAGCGUCAUAAUACAGAUCGAAUCGAUUGUAAAUACCUUUUACGGUCAUCGGUACGACACACUGGCUUUGGGGUACCGUGUUAACAGCACCCAAAAGAAUACCAGUUUCGAAUUAAUCAGCCCAGAACGAGAUAUAGUAGCCGGAGAUGAACUGCAAAUACGAUAUUUAGUGCGUCGGAGACCAGUCGUUGUUGAAACGAUAAUUAUGCUAGGCUCCAAUUUGAACACAACAGUUGGUCUGCUAUCUGUAAGGCGUUAUGGCGCUGCAAGAAGGAUAGAAUGGUUUGUUGAAGAUGUCCUCAUUAAUCAGACUGCGCGCAAUGCUAAGACUGUUAUCAGAGUAACUUUCCCAACGGCCGGAUAUGUACAAGCGAAACGGCAAAGGGCCGAUGCAUCCCCAGACUUCGCUAUCAGCCAAGUCUGGUACACAGGCGAUGCAGGUUUUCGCCCGGAUGCGCAGUUAGAUCGCUUGCCGAACUAUGCUUCCUGCUACGACAUGGAAUAUCGCAACAUCACUUGUACCUUCCAACACAACGAUUCAUGCAGUUGGCAAUCCAUCGAAAACAAUUGGAUAGCCGUGGAAGAUCCUGCGGAAUAUUCUCUAUUUAUGGUCAACGUGAAUCAUAUGCCGAAUCGCGGUACAUUUAUGGCCUUGAAUGCAACGAACAAAAGCACGGCGUUUCUGGAAUCUGGACAUAUCGGUCCAACUCAUUCGACACUGAAUUUCUCUGCGUUCAUCUUUGGUCCGGGAUUGAACUACCUACGACUGCAUGCAGAAAGUAUGGCCAAUCGUUACUUGCUGUGGGACUCGACAGAAUUGCGUAGGCCGUCGCUCAGAGAAUGGCAGAAUGUUCAGGUUGACCUUUGCCUAAAAGUACCAUUCAAGGUCAGUGCAGUGUAG